AGACGGUGCCUGCCCUUUAAAUACCCCGCGAUUAUUAGCGUAAGGCAGUUGCGUCGAGUCGUCGAUUAAACAAAAUGACUUCCAAACUGGUGAUUGUCAUCGCUCUGGCCGUAGUGGCUCAGAUAUCGGCGACACCCUUGUUUUUUAACGUGAUCCAAGAUGCCGUCGAGCACAUGAAAGACGAAGCCCAAGAAAUUGCCAACAACAUCAACCAGGGCAUACAAGACGCAAAAGACCAAGCCCAAGAAAUUGCCAACAACAUCAACCAGGGCAUACAAGAUGCAAUUAAUCAGGUCAGCAACAGCAGCAGCGAAGCCGCAGCCAACGCCACCGCUUCUGCUGACGACAGCAGCUCUGCAGCAUCGGCAGACAGUGAGACCGAGGAAGACACAUCUGGCUCCGCAUCUGACUCUGCAUCUGACUCCACAUCCGACUCCGCAUCCGACGCCACAUCUGACUCCGCAUCCGACGCCACAUCUGACUCCUCAUCCGACUCCACAUCUGACUCCUCAUCCGACUCCACAUCUGACUCCGCAUCUGACUCCACAUCCGACUCCAGCUCCUCCAGCUCCUCAUAAGGAGAUGGGCUGGUGAUUGAAAAUGAGAUUGCGAGCUCCUGAGGCUGAGGCAGUUCACAGGAGAUCUGAACCUGUGUUCAUGGCGUUACUCCGAAAUUUCCCCUUAUAGCUGUUAAUAACACGACUUUGGUAAUUAAAUUCCUGACAAUAACAGUGCCAAAUCUUAAAAAUAAACAUCUUUGACUCUCA